CCUUUUCUAAAAUUAAUUUAAAAUUCAGAGAGUGUGAGGAAAGUUAGCAUUUUUAGGGACCCAAAACUAGCUCAACCAGCAUAAAAAAAAACCCUUCUUUAUUAUCUCAACAUUUUCCCUUCAACAUCAAAAUUCACAGAGAAACCUCAAAAUCAAAUCUUUUUUUCUCCUUCAUAAAUCCAGCUCCAUCAUUGAAGAAAAUACAAUUUUCUUUUUCCAAAAAUUAGAAAACCUUAGGCUCUGUUGCAGUUAAACUCCUCCCUUAACCCCAAAAAUCAACUAAAAAACCAAGCUUUUUAGCCCAAUAAUCACUGGAAAAGCAUCUCUACUACCUCAUACUAAUCCUGUUCUAGGAAAAAUUCCAUCAUCAAUUUAUUUUCAUUUUUCUCUCUCUGGUUUUUAACCUAAAAGCUCUUGUUUUUCUACUUUCUAUUUUCUGGGUUUUAUUUUUUGGGAAUUAUCUUAUAAUUUUAAACUUGUUUUUCACUGAUUUUGAGCUUAUAAUACUAAUGGGUUUUUGACAAAACCUCCAUCGAAUUUAGAAAAAUUAAAUUUGAAGGGUUAAGAUUUACCUAUGGAGUCAAGAGAAGCUGUGACCACUACUACUCCCACUGGUGGGGUUACAGUGGUGCGAUUCGAUGGUCCAUCGGACUACCACAUCGCUCCAAGAACCGAAAACUUAAACUCGAGCCCGACUCAAGUAUCCGCGGCACCCCCUCCGCCGCCGGCGACGGCUCAACCGCCGCAUCUGUCUGCAGAUGCGGCUGGGAUUCCACCGAAGAAGAAGCGUGGAAGGCCCAGAAAGUACGGACCGGACGGGACGGUCACUAUGGCUCUUUCUCCAAAGCCAAUAUCUUCAGCAGCUCCAUCUCCAGUGAUUGACUUUUCUGCUGGCAAGCGAGGGAAAGUGAAGUCUCCAACCUCAGUAUCAAAGGCGAAGUAUGAGAUGGAAAGUUUAGGUGAAUGGGUUGCUUGCUCUGUUGGGGCAAAUUUUACACCUCAUAUUAUCACUGUUAAUGCUGGUGAGGAUGUUACAAUGAAGAUAAUAUCUUUCUCUCAACAAGGGCCUCGGGCUAUAUGCAUUCUCUCGGCAAAUGGAGUGAUCUCAAGUGUUACACUUCGUCAGCCCGAUUCUUCUGGUGGUACAUUGACAUAUGAGGGUCGUUUCGAGAUUCUGUCCUUGUCAGGUUCAUUCAUGCUCAGUGACAGUGGAGGAACAAGGAGCCGAUCUGGUGGAAUGAGUGUUUCAUUGGCGAGUCCAGAUGGGCGUGUGGUAGGCGGUGGAGUUGCUGGUCUGUUAGUAGCUGCUAGUCCUGUCCAGGUCGUAGUAGGAAGCUUCCUUGCAGGCAACCAACAUGAGCAGAAGCAGAAAAAACAGAAACACGAUACCACCAUAUCAUCCGGCGCACUAACGGCUACAAUUCCUGUUUCUAGCACUGAUCCAAAACCAAACCCUUCAUCUUCAUCCUUCCACAGCGAUGACUGGUCUUCAUUUCCCUCAGAUACAAGAAAUAAAACCAAUGACAUCAACGUACCUGUGCCUGGAGGCUAAUCUAAUAGUCCUCACCUUACUGACUACACCAGUGGCAAUCAAUCGGCAAUACCAAAAUCAUCAUCUCACAUCAUGUCGUUUGUUUAAUCUGUGUAAUCUUAUUGUCUUUAUUGACAUCUCAUUUUUCAUAAGGAGAUUUACUUACCCCAUUAAUCUUUCAAUAGUGUUAAGUCAGUUAGCUGAUUAGUUUUAGGCUUCUGCCUCUGUUGUGUCAUGUAGAAUCUUUUUGAUGUAAUGUUUACUCCUAGAAAAGAGUUGUCUACCUUUUCCCGAGUAUGACGGAUUGUGAUAUUAAAAACUAUAUUUUCUCUCCAACACUCUCUUCAUUUUUAAUUAACUGUUUACUUAGCUUCUACUCUGCAAUUGUUCAAUACCAUUAUUGUUGCUUCAAUAGUCGGAAGUCGUAAGUCGCCUGUGCAUGUAACCGAGGGAGACUUGCCAUUUUUUUCCUACUGGUUUGAAGUUGAAGGUGCUUAUGAAUCAAUCAUUAAGGUAAACCACAAGGAAGAAGAAAAAGAAGUUUUAUACUCCAUAACGCUGGUCUGGCGGCCGGUACUUGCCAUUUUAGUUGUUAGUAUUGCUGCCAUUCUGGUCCUGAUUCUGAAUAAUCAUGGAUUCUCUUUCAGCCACCCUCUUAUAAUCUUCUCAGUGUUCAACACCAUUAUUGUUGCUUCAAUAGUCGGAAGCGAUAAGUCGCCUGUGCAUGAAACUGAGAGAGAUAUGCCCUUUUUUUCCAACUUGCAUGAAG